AUGGCGAACGAUCCUAAUAGAGAUUUAUUACCCGUUAAAGAAGAUACUAGUAGAGGUAGCAAAGGUUUUCUCGAAAGAAUCGACCAUCAAAUAUUAGAUAAAUUACCAAGAUGCGAAUUAGAGGAUAAAUACCUAAGACUUUCUGAUGAACAAAGGCAUUUGAAAAAGGUGUUGAAUACCCAAGAAGAAAAAAUAAAAAGGCUUGGUACAAAAUUAUUAAGACUUGUUAAUGAAAAAGGAAGUAGUAUAAAAAAUUCAGAUCAAAUUAAAGAAGUUCAAGAGUUACAAAUAAAAAUAAUUGAAUUGCAACAUGAAAAUUAUGCAUUAAAAGAUAAAAAUAUUGAUAUGGAAAAAAAUUCUCUAGAUAACAGAAAGACAAUAGUUAAGGAAAACAUUGAAAUUAUCAGAUUGCAAAGAUCUUUAAAACAACAAGCUGUUAAAAUUGCUGCUCUGCAAGCUGAAAUUAAAAAUUCUGAAGCUAAUCAAACAAUUUUGAAAGAUGAAUUGGAAAAAGCUCGUAAAGAAAGUGAUGAAGCUUUACAAAUGGUAUCUGCUAAAGAAGAUGAAAUUUUAACACUAAAUGGUAAAUUGGAAGAAAAAAAUUUAAGAAAAUUUGAAGAAGAAGAACUCCGUGAAAGAGUCAACGAUUUAAAAGAAGAAAGAGAUGCUUUAAAAGUAAGAAAUGAUUCAUUAUUGAAAGCGAUCACGGAUAGCAAAAGUGAUUCAAUUGAGGAAGCAAACGAAGUAAGAAAAUUAUUAAAUGCAGAAAGGAAAAAAAAUGAAGAUUUGCUAGCGGAAAAUUUAAAACUUUUGGGUAAAAAAUGUGAAUCUGAAGAUGAAGCAAACGACAUAAGAAAUUUAUUAAAUUCUGAAAGGAAGAUAAACGAAGUAUUAGAAGCGGAAAAUUUAAAACUCAUGGCACUCAUACAAUCAUUUUGGGUAUGA